AUGAAAUUUUUGAAUUACGAUUUAUUUUCAUCUGAAUUUUACUUUAACAUAGAGGGCUAAUAAAAAAAAAGAGGUACGAUUCCAGGUUUUACUUUAUCAUUAAUUGCAGCUACAACCAUAGUCUCAUACUUUUUUUACUUACUUUACCUUUAUGUUAAUAAUUAAAUCGAUCCAAAAUUUAGAUCUCAAAGUUUUAUUGUAGAUGAAAGAAUUGAUGUUUCUUUAACUUAAGAUUUAGUUGGAUUUAAAUUUGCCUAUAACUCUACCAUGUCUAUAGAUACCUAUCAAAUUUUACAGAAUAAAACAUUCAUAGUUUAUGUGAUACAAUUCUUUUAAUAUGAUAAUAAUGCUACUGAAAUGUUAUAUCUUGAUGUAAUUUAAUGCACUAAUCCUCAACUCUAAGGUUUUAAUUGUAUCGAUUUUUCCAAAGCAAAUAACUAUACGCUUGCUUUUGAUAACAAUAAUAAUAUAUUUUCUUAAUUAUAAAUCAAUAUUUAUGGAUGUCGUGAUUUAGAUAACAUUAAAACAACAGUUCCAAAUAACUGUGCAGCUUAAAGUGAAAUAAAUGAUGUUAUCGAUUAGAUAAACAUCUUUAAACGCAGGCAUUGGGCCAUAUAUCUAAAUUUCUAUCGAAACGGAUGA